UAGAAACCUGCCCCUCUCAACCUAAUCUCCGCCGUCUGCUAAUUUGCGCAUGGUUGCCUCCUCUCUCCCACUUCACCCCUUUCAAAUCAACCCCAAUAUCUGACUGAAAUUACGGAAAUGGUCAGGUACGACGUUGAGAAGAAGAAUCCGGAAUGGCUGAAGAUUCUUCUCCAGAGCAAGUUCUCCGGAUCUUGCUUCGAUCAUCGGGACCUCCGCAAGAAUGAGAAGAAAGUGUUCUGCGUCGAUUGCAACCGUCGGAUCUGCCAGCACUGCUUGGCUUCUUCUCAUCAUCACCGCCACAGGAUUCUGAAGAUCCGGAAAUACGUCUACAACGAUGUCAUCAAUCUCCACGACUUGCAGAAGCUUCUUGAUUGUUCCAAAGUUCAGCCAUACACCGUCAAUGGAGCGAAAGCCGUGUUUUUGAAUCCCCGUCCGCAGUCAUCACGGCCGUUGGUUAACCCGAACGGUGGAUCUUUGUGCAAGGUCUGCGAGAGGAACCUUACUGAGCCGAAUCUCUACUGCUCAAUCGCAUGCAAGGUUGCAGAUAUGGCGGAGGAUGCGAAGGAUCGAUCUCAACCGUUCUUGCUGUGCAGGGAUUCUUUCCUCCUUCCAGAUUUUUGCAAUCUGUCUGCCGGUGAUGAUCAAGAUCCUGAUAUGAAAGCUCGAGACUCGUCUGAAUCACCCAACUCGCCAUCGUCCGGUAACUCGUCCGAGUCGACCCGGUCUAGUAGCGAAACCAGUUCCUGGUUUGGCCUCGUGUUGAAGCCGAGAGGGAAAUCGCACAAGAGGAAAGGUAUUCCUCGCCGAUCUCCCGUCUGUUGAGUAGAUGAUACUCGCGCGAGUAGGCGUAUUAACCUACUCGCGCGUGGCUUGGAAAUUUGCUCGACGUGGAGUCAAUGAUUUUGGACGGACCCCACGUGUGUGCUUUUGAGCGGGCCGCUGAUUUUGCUGUCGUCGUAGCUUCGAGUAGGUAUGUACUCCUACUCGCAAUGAGUAGCCUCAGCAAGGCUCGCUGGUUGGGAAUGGGCCCGAUCUUGUCGUCUGGAGUCGGUUGUACAGCAUAAAAUGUGGGGUCUGGAUUUCAUUACUAUCUUUAUUAUUAUUAUUAUUUUAUAAUUUUAAAAAAGAUUAUAAGGAGUUAAUGAGAGUAUCUGUUUUAUUAUGAAAUUAAUGAUGAUUAAUGAAUAAUAAAUGAUAUUCUAUUUCUUAA